CAAAUUUCUUUUUUUUAAUGGAAUUUUCAGAUAAAAUGGGAGACUCCAGACCAGAGGGUGAACGAAACUUUUGGAAUGGCCGUGAAGCAGUGACGGCAAAAGGAGGACCAUAUGUGGCCAAGAAGCCUAAAAAUGAAUUGGAGGCGGAAGAUAUGAAGUUCGAGGGCGGAUCAGAUUUAUUCACAACAAAUAGACAUACAAUACACAACUCAUGUGCAGAAUAUAAAGUAAAGUUUUGGAGUUCUGAUGAUGCUCCGGUAAUUCGACCUCUGCUAAAUCCAAGACAGGUUUACAGUGCCCCCACAGUGCGUGUUAUGGACGGGUAUGGAGGGGAAGGAUGUGAAAAAGUUACAAAAUUAAUGCUCAGAAGUAAUAAUAAUUGGAUUAAACAAUCCCUUGUUCUAGCUGCCGGAGGUUUAGCAGUAUUUGCAGGAAUUGUUGAGUAUAAGAAGAGAAAAGGAGAAGCAAGUCCAUCUGUUCCAACAUAAAUAGUAAUAAUAAUUAUGUAUAGAGAUAUACAGUUAUUUAACUGAAAUAUCUGAAACUCUAUUCCUUAAGUCAAAACUGUUAUCAUGUAGCGCCAAUAGAUUCCUUCAGAAUAAUGUAAUAUGUAAUGUAUUUAAAUUUAAAUAAUAAAAUAUAUUGUCUCAAUAUAA